CAACCACAACCAUGACAAGUGCGACUCUAACCACAACAACUGCGGGACCAUCAACAACAACUGCGGGACAAUCCACUGCAGCAGCACCAACAACCACCACUGCAGCACCAACAGCCACAACAACUGCACCAACCACAACCGUUGCAACAUCAACAAUCAUUAGAACUGCGACCCCAACCACAACGGUUGCGGCUCCAAUUACGAAAUCUGUGGAAACAUCGACAACAGCUGAACCAACCACAACCACUGCGGCAUCAACAAUCAUUACAACUGCGACUCCAACCACAGCAGUUGCAGUUGCAGCUCCAACAAUGACAACUGCUGGACCAUCCACAACAGCCGAACCAAGCACCACCACUGUGGCACUAACAAUCACAACACUUGUUCCAACCACAACAGUUGCAGCUCCAACAACAACAACUGCAGGACCAUCCACAACAACUGCGGGAGAAUCCACGAUAGCAGGACCAACCACAACAACUGUGGGACAAACAACCACAACAGUUGCGGCUCCAACAACAACAACUGCAGGACCAUCCACAACAACUGCGGGACAAUCCACGAUAGCAGAACCAACCACAACAACUGUGGGACAAACAACCACAACAGGUGCACCACUCACAACCACUGCGGCAUCAACAACAACCACAACUGCGGCUUCAACCACAACAGUUGCGGCUCCAACAACAAAUGCUGCGGCACCAUUCACGACAGCCAAACAAAGCAACACCACUGUGGCACCAACGACAACAACAGCUACUACAACCACAGCAAAUGUGGCUGCGACUACGAAAGCUGCAGGAGAAUCCACGACAGCUGAACUGUCCACAACCACUGCCGCAUCAACAAUCAUUACAACUGCGGCUCCGACCACAACAGUUGCAGCUCAAACAACGACAACCGCUGGACCAUCCAUGACAGCCGAACGAAGCACCACCACUGUGGCACCAACAGUCACAACAGUUGCUCCAAACCCAGCAGUUGUGGCCCCAACAACAGCAACUACAGGAAAUUUCACGACAGCAGCACACACAGCCAGCACUGUGGGACAAACAACCACAAAUGCUGCACCAACCACGACGAGUGCAGCUCUAACCACAACAACUAACCACUGCGACAUCAAAAACCACAACAACUGCACCAACCACAACCACUGCGACAUCCAAAACCACGACAACUGCAGGUCCAACCACAACAGUUGCUGCUCCAACAAUGACAACUGCUGGACCAUCCACGACAGCAGCACCAACCACCACAACUGGGGCACCAACAACCACAAAAGCCAAUCCAACCACAACAGUUACGGCUCCAACAACAAAUGCUGCGGCACCAUCCACAACAGCCAAACAAACAGCAUCAACAACCACCACUGCAACACCAACAACCACAACAACUGCACCAACCAGAACCACUGCGACAUCAAAACCCACAUCAACUGCACCAACCACAACCACUGCGACAUCCAAAACCACGACAACUGCAGGUCCAACCACAACAGUUGCUGCUCCAACAACGACAACUGCAGGACCAUUCACAACAGCAGCAACCACAACAGCUGCCACUUCAACAACAACAACCGUUCCAACCACGACAACAGCUGUACCAACCCCGACCACUGCCACACCAAAGACCACAACAGCCGCUGGAGCCCUUCAGUGUCAAACCUGCAUAGAUCAGAUGUGUUCAAGCACAGCACUAAAAACAUGUUCUUCAGAGACGAUGUGUAUUACAGCUACUAUUUUAGCAGCAUCAACAACCACCACUGCAACACCAACAACCACAACAACUGCAUUAACCAGAACCACUGCGACAUCAAAAACCACAACAACUUCACCAACCACAACCACUGCGACAUCCAAAACCACGACAACUGCAGGUCCAACCACAACAGUUGCUGCUCCAACAAUGACAACUGCUGGACCAUCCACGACAGCAGCAUCAACCACCACAACUGGGGCACCAACAACCACAAAAGCCAAUCCAACCACAACAGUUGUGGCUCCAACAACAAAUGCUGCGGCACCAUCCACGACAGCCAAACAACGCAACACCACUGUGGCACCAACGACAACAACAGCUACUACAACCACAGCAAAUGUGGCUGGGACUACGAAAGCUGCAGGACAAUCCACGACAGCUGA